AUGAUAAGGCCGCUGAUUGGUGGAGUGUUUGGAAUUUUAAUGUAUGAAAUGCUUACUGGAAAGCCUCCGUUUAGAGGUGGAAACAGACAGAAGAUUCAGGAGAAAAUAGUGAAGGACAAGAUAAAGCUUCCAGGAUUUUUCUCAAGUGAAGCAAAUUCGCUUUUGAAAGGGAAUUUCCCUGGUGCUCCAACGUUUUUGCCAGUUGUGCAAUUUGUGGGGCAGCAUCCUGGUGGGCUUGGAGUUCUAGCUGUUGGCAUGAUCCUACCUGUUUUGGCUGGUGCUACUGGGGAUUUUGGUUGGUUCAUCUUAUAUCACAAUGGAUGGUGCUUAUCAUGCUAUGCCAUCUGGCCAGACCUCUGCAUUGCCUCCUACAAGACUGCUCAAGUGUCCAAUAUCCCAUCAAAGGUAGUUAUUGGGACUUUGAUAUUCCAACAAAGGGCAGUUAUUGGGACUUUGACCAAACUUUUCAAUGAGAUAUCGGAAGCAUUAGGAGGGGCGAAUGUGGUUCCAACAAAGCCCAAUGGUGACUUUUCUACUGCCCUCAAGAUUCGGGUUAUUGGUCUUGGUAUAUGUUUGGAGGUGGUAAAGAAUAAGCUAGCACCUGCUAUGAAAAAGGCAGAGCUGGAGAUUGAGUGUGGAGGUGGUAAAGAAUAA